AAUGGAAAGCUCAUAAUUGCGCUCGCAACGGCGCUGCGUUGACGUGACCCGACGGCAGCGGAAGGAGGGUUUAAUUAGGUAAGAGGAGGGGGCGGGGAUGGGGGAGGCGAACGAAGGCAGCAGAUAAAGCGGCGGAAGAAGAAGAAGAGAGGGGUGGGGGUGGUGGUAGGCAUGUCGUCGCCGGAGAACGUGGUGGUGGUGGCGGUGAGGGCGGAGAGGGAGAUCUCUAAGACGGCGCUCGCUUGGACCCUCACCCAUGUCGUCCGCCCCGGCGACCUCGUCACUUUGCUCGCCGUCCUUGCCGAUCGCGAGGCCACCGGCUGGCGGCGGAGGUUGCUGUGGGGUUUCCCUCGAAUCGGCGGCGACAACCGCAACCGCAGUCGAGAGCGGUGCCAGAUCUCCGCCUUGUGCUCGCAAAUGGCGCUUCAAAUCGAUGGCCGGAAUGAGAUAAACGUGAGGAUAAAGGUGGUGGGAUCGGAUUCCACCGCCCCAGGCUCUUCAUCGUCGUCUUCCUCCGCCACCGGCGGCGGCGGCGUAGUGGUUGCGGAAUCAAAGCGAGUUGGUGCCAACUGGGUCGUACUCGACAGGCAGCUGAAGCAGGAGGAGAAGCACUGCAUGGCGGAGCUGCAGUGCAACAUAGUAGUGGUCAAGGGUUCCAGCGCCAAGGUGAUGCGGCUCAACCUAGGGGGCAUCCACAACAAGCCCCUGCCUCCCUUCUCCUUGUCGUCCGCUCACAUCUCCAUCUGCAGCGAGAAGUUCCUGGACAACAACUCUCGAACAGCUCUGGUGAAGACGGUGAGCAGCCAUGCGCCGGUGGAGGAGGCGCCGCAGCAACCUGAGGCUAAGAAAGUGGGAUCGAGCUCUGCUGAUGCCACUGCGACGGCGAGGGUGACGAAGGCGCCUUCGGCGAAGACGAAGUCUUCUUCAUUCUUUGUCCGCGAGCACAACCCACUGUUCGAGAAGCUACGCGAAGGAGGGUUGACGCCGAUAGAGGACGUGGGUUCCGACGGCGAGGACACGUCGGAGUCGGAUGGUAAUGCCGGCGGAGCUAGUCCUCCUGCGCACCAUCGAGUCUAUUGGAUUCCUCAAUCCAACCACCUGCCGGAGCAGAAAUCUCGGAGGAGCGGACUCUCAAAACCAUCGCCCCCCACUAAAACGAAGCAAGAAUCCAUGAUCAAGUACGCCGGCUUAGAAACCAUCUCCCUGCUCAUGCCGCAGCCCACCUCCGCCACCCCCGAACACGACCACUGCAACCUCACCAGCUGCUCUCCCUACAGCUCCGACGUCAGGGAGGCCGUCUCCCUGUUCAGCACCUCUCCAUCCGUUCCUCCUCCCCUCUGCUCUCUCUGCCGCCACAAGGCCCCCGUCUUCGGCAAGCCCCCGCGGCGGUUCUCCUACCGCGAGCUGGAGGCAGCCACCGGCGGCUUCGCGGAGGGUGCCUUCGUAGCGGAGGGCGCCAGUGGGCGCGUCCACCGGGGUGUGCUGGAAGACGGACGUGUGGUAGCCAUCAAGCGGCUCAAGGGCCCGCCAACCGAGGAGGAGGAGUUCUGCGAGGAGGUUGAGGUGCUCAGCCGGGCGCAGCACCGUAAUGUGGUGCUUCUGGCGGGUUUCUGCGUCGAGGGAGCGUCGAGGAGAGCUCUGGUGUUCGAGUACAUCUGCAAUGGCUCCCUCGAUCGUCAUCUCUAUGAGGAGGGGGAGGCUCCAUUGGACUGGUCUGCGAGGGUUAAGAUCGCAGUGGGAGUUGCAAGGGGUUUGAGGUAUCUGCACGAGGAUUGCAGGGUGGGUUUCGUCGUUCACAAAGACAUGCGACCCAACAACAUUCUUCUCACUCAUGACUUCGAACCUUUGUUGGGGGACUUCAGGCUCACAAGAUGGCAAACGGAGGAAUCUCUAUCCGUAAACACCAAUCUUCCUGAAGCAUUCGGUUAUCUUUCUCCCGAGUACAUUGAACAUGGGCUCGUUACGGACAAAUCCGAUGUGUACGCCUUCGGAGUGGUGCUGCUCGAGCUCAUAACAGGCCGAAGGGCCCUGGAUACCAACCUGCCCAAGGGGAAGCAAUUCCUCGUCGAGUGGGUGAAGCCGCUUCUCUCAUUGGCAUGGGAGGAUGGCCAAACGGUCCCAGUCGAUCGCUUCCUCGACCCCCGUUUGGAGCGGAACCAGGCUCGCUUCUUCACCAAGGAGCUACGAGCAAUGGUGCACGCUGCCUCGUUGUGCCUCCGCCGAGAGCCACAGUCCAGGCCGAGCAUGUCCAAGGUCCUGCGGAUUCUAGAGGGAGACAGCAUCGUCGAUCAAGUUCUGGACGUCAACACUGCGGGCAGCAGAAGUGGGCGCAUGGUGCGCCCGGUGGCACAGCAAGCCGCGGCGGGCAGUUUGUCAUACAGAUUCCCUCAAGAAUCCAUCAUCAACGCGCUCUGCUCUGAGAGAAAUUGGCCGCCCAGUCUCUACCAGAACAUGUAAACCGAUCGAGCAUCAUAAUUGUUACCAUGGCUAACUGCCGUUGCCUUCACGGCUGAGGUCGAGAUCGAAGGCGUGCGGUUGACACAAGAAGAGGACAGUCGAAGAAGACUCGUGUAUAGCCUUCCUGGAGCAUAGGUGAAUUGCCAAGAUUGAUUAUGCAAGCUGUGAGUGUGCAUAUUUAUUUCAUUCGUCAAACUUCACUAGACGAUAAUACAAUGCAAAGUUCUGCGUCCAAA